GAAGACUGUCUCUAUUUGAACGUGUAUACCAACGAUGUAACACCUUCAAAGAAAAGUGCUGUGAUGGUAUGGAUACAUGGUGGAGGCUUUUUUGUGGGAGACGGUACCUCGUUUUAUUACGGUCCCGAUUAUAUCAUGCGGAAGGAUGUGGUACUCGUCACCCUGAAUUACAGAUUAGGUGUUCUAGGUUUUCUCAAUUUUGAUGAGGAAAUGGCGCCGGGAAAUCAGGGCUUAAAAGAUGUAGUUAUGGCGUUAAGAUGGGUUCAAAAAAAUAUAUUGCAAUUCGGUGGAGAUCCCGAUAACGUCACAAUUUUUGGUCAAAAUGCGGGUGGAGUGAUGGUUCAUUAUCUAACUAUUUCACCGUUAGCUAAAGGUUUAUUUCAUAAAGCAAUAUGUCAAAGUGGUGUCAUGACAGUUCCUUGGGCUUUCACUGAACAAGACGAUGCUAUCAAUAAUGGUCUGAUGUUAGCCCAGAAGCUUGGUAAUGCGACUUUUGAUCCGGAAGACGCCUUGAAAUUUCUGAAAGACAUAGACGGAAGAAAAUUGAUAGCAGCGAAGAAUAUUAUGUUCUUGCAGAUUGGCUUAGAUAUUUUUCUUGCAUUUACGCCGACUGUGGAUUCCAAAUCAUCGAAUCCUUUUUUACCAGAAAAUCCAUUGCAAUUAUUACGUAAUGGAAUUGAAAUGCCAAUCAUGUUCGGAUAUAAUAGCCAGGAAGGCAAUUUUUUCAUAAAUGCCAUUGUGGUCGGCCUGGUAAACUACGAGACUUUAAAGGAAAUUAAUUAUGAUUUCAAGAAAGCCAUAUAUCCUAGAGUUUUGCGUCAAUUACCACAACUUGGGAUCACGGUACCAGAAUUACGAUCAUUGUAUUUUGGUAAUAAAACAGUGUCGGAGAAAACUAUAAAGAAUCUUUCUGAUUUUAUCGGCGAUCAGCAUAUCUAUAGAGGCAUUAUACAAGCAAUUGAUACUCAAAUGAAUUCUAAUGUUAACGAGUCGACUUACUUGUACAAAUUUUCGUACAAAAGUGAAACCUCUCCUGUGAAGAAAAUAUUUUUUCAAAAACCGCUUUCAGGUACAUCUCACUUCGAGGAACUGGGCUAUUUAUUUUAUCCUCAUAUAGGAAAAACAUUCGGUGUGUUACCAUUUGCACGUGAUACGCCGGAUUAUAAAAUUAUGGAAUACUUAACGCAGAUGUGGACAAAUUUUGCUAAAACGGGAAAUCCAACACCUUCUUCAGCUAAUUUUACAUGGUCUCCAGUGAAAAAUGGAACUACGUAUGAUUAUUUAAAUAUUAAUAAAAAACCUCGAAUGACGAUUCUUAUUAAAGGAAACCAACGAUGGGAUUGGGAGAACAGACUUAAAUUAUCAAAAGAGUUAUCCUUCGCCGCAUUGUCGAACAGAGUAAAAGUAAAUGUGUUUGGAGGGACAUUAGUCGGCAUCGUCGAGGAAAGCAUCUAUGGUUCUUACAAUGCCUUCCGUGGAAUAUCAUAUGCUAAACCUCCAGUGGGUGAUCUCAGAUUUCAAGAUCCGCAACCACCAGAACCAUGGUCCAGCGACAGAGACGCUUCGUCUAACGGAAACGUCUGUCUUCAGAUAAAAACGAACAUUGUCAUAGGCGAAGAAGACUGUCUCUAUUUGAACGUGUAUACCAACGAUGUAACACCUUCAAAGAAAAGUGCUGUGAUGGUAUGGAUACAUGGUGGAGGCUUUUUUGUGGGAGACGGUACCUCGUUUUAUUACGGUCCCGAUUAUAUCAUGCGGAAGGAUGUGGUACUCGUCACCCUGAAUUACAGAUUAGGUGUUCUAGGUUUUCUCAAUUUUUAUGAGGAAAAGGCGCCGGGAAAUCAGGGCUUAAAAGAUGUAGUUAUGGCGUUAAGAUGGGUUAAAAGAAAUAUAUUGCAAUUCGGUGGAGAUCCCGAUAACGUCACAAUUUUUGGUCAAAAUGCGGGUGGAGUGAUAGUUCACUAUCUAACUAUUUCACCGUUAGCUAAAGGUUUAUUUCAUAAAGCAAUAUGUCAAAGUGGUGUCAUGACAGUUCCUUGGGCUUUCACUGAACAAGACGAUGCUAUCAAUAACGGUCUGAUGUUAGCCCAGAAGCUUGGUAAUGCGACUGUUGAUUUGGAAGACGCCUUGAAAUUUCUGAAAGACGUAGACGGAAGAAAAUUGAUAACAGCGGAGAUUGGCUUAGAUAUUUUGCUUGCAUUUACGCCGACCGUGGAUUCCAAGUCAUCGAAUCCUUUUUUACCAGAAAAUCCAUUGCAAUUAUUACGUAAUGGAAUUGAAAUGCCAAUCAUGUUCGGAUAUAAUAGCCAGGAAGGCAAUUUUUUUAUAAAAAUUGUUUCAGUGGUAAACUACGAGACUUUAAAGGAAAUUGAUUAUGAUUUCAAGAAAGCCAUAUAUCCUAGAGUUUUGCGUCAAUUACUACAACUUGGGAUCAGGGUACCAGAAUUACGAUCAUUGUAUUUUGGUAAUAAAACAGUGUCGGAGGAAACUAUAAAGAAUCUUUCUGAUUUUAUCGGCGAUCAGCAUAUCUAUAGAGGCAUUAUACAAGCAAUUGAUACUCAAAUAAAUUCUAAUAUUAACGAGUCGACUUACUUGUACAAAUUUUCGUACGAAAGUGAAACCUCUCCUGUGAAGAAAAUAUUUUUUCAAAAGCCGCUUUCAGGUACAUCUCACUUCGAGGAACUGGGCUAUUUAUUUUAUCCUCAUAUAGGAAAAACAUUCGGUGUGUUACCAUUUGCACGUGGUACGCCGGAUUAUAAAAUUAUGGAAUACUUAACGCAGAUGUGGACAAAUUUUGCUAAAACGGGAAAUCCAACACCUUCUUCAGCUAAUUUUACGUGGUCUCCAGUGAAAAAUGGAACUACGUAUGAUUAUUUAAAUAUUAAUAAAAAACCUCGAAUGACGAUUCUUAUUAAAGAAAACCAACGAUGGGAUUGGGAGAACAGACUUAUAUUAUUAAAAGGUUAUACCAAAUUGGAACAAUUUUCUGAUACAGAACCAUUCGUUAACUACACGAAACUUCACACAGACCUAUAGUAUGAGAUAAAAUAUGAAGAAAUUUAACUAAAAUUGAAUCGCUCUGAAAAGAAGCUUUUGGUGCAAAAAACUGACAAACUAACAAAAGACUGACAGUGAGAAACAAAGUAAUGUAUCAAUGGUGACCAAAGCUCAAUUGUUUUUUCAAUUUAAUAUCCUCCUUUUUUUAAAGCACAUAAUCUGUUUUUAGGUAUAGAUAUAUGU